GGGGGGGGGUGGUGGUAAUGGUGGGGACAUGGAGAGGUGCAUGGGUGAUCGGGUACCCCAAAAAGACCACUCUGCCUUCUCUCUCUCUGUCACAAUGAUGUCUGAAAAAGGUAUGACUGCCUUGCAUUUGGUGAAUUUGGGAGUAUUUAUUUUAAUUUUACUUUUUUAUUUUUCAUUGACAUUUCGCUGGGAGGAGGCGCAAUCAAAUAGGAAGUGGAACGGUGUCAAAAUAGCAUACAGGCAAUAAAAUACAAUGCAGUACUUGUCUUUCUAGAUUACUCACUCAAGCGUGAGGAAUGCCUUAAGGAAUUUCCCUUUCUGUUCGCGUGAUACUUCUAUGUUUAUAUCAAAGUGCUGACGUACAGCAUUGCACUUACGUGUCUGGGUCCUCCCUCUUUCUCUCCCUCUCACUCUCUCUCUCUCUCUGAGACACUUCAUUCACUUUGGAUGUCUUCCUUCUGUCUGCAGCUGGAUAUACUGUCAUUCACCUUUGAGCACAUGCAGACGGGUCUGAAUCUCCUAUCUAAUGUGUGAGUGUACGGGGACAAUCUCAGUAUUUUCCACUAUGAUUGUGUUACAAAUACUUCCUGUCCUGUGGCUGGUUCAAUUAGUGAAGUCUCAGGCCAGCAGUGUUCCUGGAGAUAAGGUCAUAGCAACCCUAGGACAGCCCGUGCUCUUAAACUGUCAUCCGGAAAAGCCCUUCAAACCCAACCGGAUCUUCUGGCAAGGGAGAAAACCAUCGGACCCCGUGGAUGAGUACCCAUGGGUUCUCCAUGCCUACAACAACGGAGCUGAAGAGCUUCAUACCCAAAACAUUAGCUACAGAAACAGGACUAGCAUCUACAUGGACCUCAUACCCCAAGGAAAUCUCUCCCUGCUAAUCAGCGAAGCUAAAGUAGAGGAUGACAACACUCAGAUUUUUGUCCAUGUUCAGGCGGAUAUUGUUCACAACAUUUGCAGGAAAGAUCUACGUGUGGCUGCUAUGCCCCAGAAGCCGGAAGUGAACGUGUCCUGCAUGGAGGGAGCAGGGGAGCAGCAGAUAGUGUGCACAUCCCAUGGCAGCUUCCCCGAACCGACGCUCAACUGGACCGGCCUGAACCAGCGGGAGAGUAGCCCGCUGCCAACGGUGACCUUCAAUCCGAAUGAGAACACCUACUCAAUCCGCAGCGCCCUCUGGGUCAACCUCACCAAGGAUCAAAGAGUCACCUGCUACGUCACCAACCCCACUUUGCAAGAGACCAUCAACACCUCCAUCACCCCCAGAGACUCCUGUUCAAGCAUGUACCCCACCAAUCAUUUGCAUAUAUGGAUGGCUGUGCUGGCCAUUGUCAUUGUCUGCGCUGGGGCGAUCCUCUACUACAAAAGAAAAGUACUUUGUUCCUGUCCAAAAGAAUGCUCCGGGGAAGAUCCGGGCCCUACCUCGGACCACCCGGCCAAGGAGGCAUGCCUGCUGGAAAUGAAGGACCGCGCUUGUUGCGACACCUGAUUCUGCAACAUGGUUCAUCCUAUUCUGCCAUCCCAUGCAUCCUCAGGGAGGAACCAUUGAUUGAACAUGGGGGGGUGGGGGGGGCAGGUGGUUCCCACUCUGAGCCUCGGCUGCAUGGGCCAAAGGCUGAAUGUGCUUCUCCUGCACCGUGCUUCGGUGCAGAACCCAUGGAAGUGCCGGGCUCUUCACUCAAGCCUGAGACACGGUCCCGAAAAACCCUUGCUCCAUGUGGCAUGUGGACUGACCAUUGGCAGUGUCCAACAUCUCUUAGCUGAUUCUGAGUAAAUGUGUAUAUCCUGCUCUCUUCUGUCUAGUUUACGCAAAUUGCUUCUGUUUGACUGCAAUGGAGGCUGUACUUGUACUUGUGAAUGUAGCCUCAAAGGUCUGGAAGUCUGAACAGGCCUUUAGGAGGAAAAUGGCUACGAAUGGCAGUGCUGCACACCCUUUUCCUCAUCAUUUGAAUUCAUAUGUUUCACCCAGGGGGACCUUUCAGGUACCCACCUCCAUCUCAGCAGUCCUAAUGUCUACCCAGAGAACACAAAACAUUCUCACAAUGUUGUUUCCCUGUCGUGGCAAUGUUAUAACAUUCAGAAAACAUUCCAGUAACAUUGAGAGAACAUUCUGUGUUUGCUAGGUAGCUCAGCUAAUGUGGACCUCAAAUGGGUGCAAGACAGUUAAGUCGCGAGCAAUAUGAAAAGUUCUCAUUUCAUCACAAGAAACAAAUGAACAAACAGCGAAUAUCAAACUUAGCUGGGAAGGGAAAACAAAAAAACAAAACGAUUACUAAUUGUGUCAUGUCUGCAGUUUCAUUGUGCAAUGUUCUCAGGAUACAAAGGGAAAGCAAUGUGAUCAAAAAAACUUUAAUUCUUAGUGUUGUCAACUGAGGAAUGAAGGUUGUUCAUGUGUAAUUUGUUUGGGGAAGGAUACCGAUAAGCACCAAAAUGGAGGUAUAUUUGAACGCUAAUCCUGGCCUCAGUAGCAGGGCAGAGUUUUAUGGCACUGUUUUCCAAACUUUUUAUAUCGCAAGGCCCCUGAAAAAACAUUGUGGCUGAGACCACCCACCUCAGUAAAAAAGAUUUUGACACCUUCGUCCAUUAGCCCCAUAAAUACGCAGAUGCUAGUAGCUAUUUAUUACUAUUUAAAUAUUUAAUAAUUACCAUGGUUGCAACAUUGCCAUUGGUUGGCGAAAGUUUAUGUUUAUUUCAGCAAAUCAGGAUGCAUCUGUAUAAAUUAUAUGAACAUUAUGAAGUAUGGAAGUAUAGCAAAAUAUUUUUGAAAGGGAAAUGCAUUUUGUUUACAGUUUGCUAUGAGCCCCCUGGGACCCCAGGGUACUCUGCACAAAAUUUGGAAACCCCUGUUCGCACAAAAGAAAUGAAAGAUAGAAAAGGGAGGGAUGACGUGGGAUCUUCGCUGCACCAGCAGAGCGGUUCAGAUGAUACCGUGGAAAGUCUGAUUCUGGACUUUGAAGCACGGGAGUUUCCGCAGGGGGACUCUACUGGAUUGGCGCGGAGCAGGGAGGCAUAAAACUCACGUACAGGGGACUUUACGCAUCAGGGGGGUUACCAGCCACGGCUCACCUAGGGCAGCACGUCUUCCCGACUCUACGCUGUGAACUCCUUCCGACUGUGAGGUGCAAUCGUUUGAACAAACACUGACAGAGCAGUCUUUGUCCUUAGAAAGGGGCUCUGCAUUGCUCAAUCGGGACAGGUGCUGCGCGGUUGCAGGAUUACACGCCGGAGCUUCUGCUGCGCCAGUAUUAAUGGGGCAUGACUGCAAAUCUACGGAAAUGAGACACACUUGGCUGUGCACAGUGAAUAGUCCGUAGACUAGGCGUCCAUAGAUUACCACUGCACUGGUUUACCCAAAUGAUGUAUCAGGUGCCUACGGGCAGAGAUGGGCAAAAAUACAUACAUCAAAGGCAAUUUAAAUGCAAAAUACUCCAGAAGUAAAUGUAGCUAAAUGAAAUUCAAUAUGCCAUUUACAAAAUUAAAUAUAGUAUUUUGUAUUUUGAAAAUAUUUAUUGAACAGCAUUAAGCUUUGUUGUAAAGUGUAUAGGACCACAUCUUUUUUCCAUGCAACAUUUUUCAGGAUAACUUUCAGACUUCCUGGUCAUACUUCCUGGUCCAACAAGAACUCUGUACUGUGGCAUUAUGUUGCAAUAUGAUUACAAAAACAUGUUCUCAGGCUUGUUUCUAUCCCAUACUUCAGAAGGGAUUCUGUCUCCCCCGAACAAAGAUCUGCAUUACAUUGCUAAUUCCCCUUUUGUAAAGUUAGUGAGUUGUAAGUCUUAUAAAUGCAAUCGUCUGCAUCUCUCAUUCCUGUUAUGUCACAAAUGGUUAUUUACAAAACCUGAAGAGAUAAUGAUCUACAAGUUCUAACUGUGAUUAAACUGGUCUCUCUGUCAUGGAAUAAAUAUUGAGCAGGUGCUAGUUUCUCAUGAUCAUUGUUGCAUUAGGUAUCCCUAGAGCCAUUCGUAGUCACAAUUAGACAGGUCAGAUUGAUGCUACUGAUGCAGCAGGUGCAUAUUACCAAAUACCAAUGAUGAGAAAAAAGCACUGGAGAAAGUAUGUAAGCUGAAUUAUUUGCCCUCGCUCUUUCUAGCCUUCUGCACUUGCACUUUUUCUUUUUUGCUCUAUGAAAUUUUAUACUAAUAAAUAUAUUUUUGUGAGAUGUGUUGAGUCUGACCGUAUAUGCAGAGGGCGUGCAGCACAUUUCUUUUUUAUUUUGGAUGCUAGUGAAAUGAAUCAGUUGACAAGGACAAGACUGCACAUUUUGUGAGCGGUUAAUAAUAGACUAGGUGACAAGUGGAUAAAAAAUGUAGCUAGCCAGAUUGCAGAAUGCAGUGGAUGAUGUGAUACAUGAAACCGAGGGAGGGGAGCAAAAGGCUUUCACUUGAAGCAGUUUAUGAUCGAAGGGGAACUUCUGAUCAAUAUGUCGUAUUUUGAAAAUACAGAAAACUAUUUGAAAUACAUGUAAUCCAAAUACUUGCCCAUCCCUGCCUACGGGCCACUAGUGAAACUCAGUGGGAGAUGUGCUUUUUCUCUGAUUUGUGCUAUCUUUCUUUAAAAAAAAAAGACACAAUGUUUUCAUAUUUUCCCCGUUCCUCAGUGAACACAUAUGAGCCUAUGCUUGGAAAAGUUACUCAAGGUUAAGGACAAGCACAAUGUGCUUACAUCAGGUUGACCUAAUGGGUCAAAUAAUUAUGGCGGACAUCUACCUCUGAGUUAAACCUAUGUACAUGUACAGAACUAUACUAACUUAUUUUUCCCCUUGCUAACAUUUCUGUUAUUUAUAUAAUUGAUGUCUCUGUGAAAUAAAGCUUCCAUGUGAAAUUC